GUGCUCAGCACCAUUACGUUUGGUCUCGGGCCGCGCCUCGUGGCCCAGAAAGACCGCGAGUCGGCGGGCGCCAUCAUGUGUCUCGGCCUCUUUCUCGGUAUUUCAUCCGGCGCGACCAUCGGCUGGCAGUUUGGCCAGCACCACUGGCUCGGCGCCUAG